AUGCGAGCUGAAAUUCAAGCUCUCCAAGACAACAACACUUGGGUGCUCACUGAGUUGCCACCAGGAAAAAACCCCAUAGGUUGCAAAUGGGUUUACAAAGUUAAAUUGAAGGCAGAUGGAUCAAUAGAGAGGUACAAAGCAAGGUUGGUUGCCAAAGGGUAUACAAAACAGCUGGGGGUUGAUUACCUUGAGACACUCUCCCCUGUAGCUAGGAUGACAACAAUCAGGACAUUCCUAGCGAUUGCUAUGAUCAAGGGAUGGCAUGUUCAUCAUCAACUUGAUAUCAACAACGCUUUCCUACAUGGUGAUUUGGAAGAAGAUGUAUAUAUGACUUUACCCCCUGGUUUUCAAAGUGAUAAGCCUAACCAGCAAUUAACACAUAAUGAUGAUGUUCUUUUAAAGGAUGUUAGUUUUUAUAGAAGGCUGGUUGGGAGGUUACUCUAUCUAACAACAACAAGACCUGAUAUAGGCUUUGCUGUGCAGCAAGUAAGCCAGUUUAUUGAUGCUCCCACAGAGAAGCACAUGGCAGCAGCACACAGAGUUCUGCGUUAUCUCAAAGCUGCUCCUGGAAAAGGGAUCUCAUAUUCUUCAAACUCAGCUUUACAGUUACAGGUUUUCUCAGAUUCAGAUUGGGCAGCCUGCUAUGAUUCUAGGAAAUCCAUCACAGGAUAUUGUGUCUUCCUAGGAGAGUCUCUAAUAUCCUGGAAAUUCAAAAAGCAACCUACAAUAUCUAGAUCCUCAUCAUAG